AUGACUCACGUUCGCACUUGCUUCUGUCGUGCCCUCGCACAAGCACAUGCAGGCUUCAGGUCGAUAGUUUCCCUCUCGCGGCUCGCCCCAGCUAAUUCCCUGCAGCUGGACCGGCUUACCAGAAAGGCCAUCGACAAGAGGUUACGGCACUCCCAAUCUAUGGGGAACGACCAGAUACCCUCAGUGCCAGACUCGUCUACCGACGGAGUCUCACAUAUCCACGAAGAGUCCCAUACCGACGAAUACAUCCAUAUCGACGACGACCCCUAUACCCACGACGACCCCUAUACCCACGACGACCCCUAUGCCCACGAAGACCCCUAUGCCGACGAAGACUCCUCCUAUACAGAUGAAGGUUACUAUACCGACGAAGACUCCUAUACCCUCGAUGACUCCUAUACCCACGAUGACUCCUAUGCCCUCGGAGAAGUCUAUUCCAACUUCAGGAAGGGCAUAACUCCGGAGAGCGCUAGUGAUCUUUUGAGCAACGAGGCUCAGAUUGAUAGCGCGAGAGGGCCAGACGGAGAAACGGUGUGGCAUGCAGUCGUCAAGUACCAGGAGGAGCCUCUACCAAUGCUAGAAUGGCUUGACAAACAUUCGUCCGUGUCCUGCGAUAAAGUCAAGUCGGAUAGAGACAGUCCUUUGAUGUUAGCAAUUCACCUGGGGAAGUUUGAGACGCUAAAAUGGCUUAGCUGGUAUAGCGAUCUCAGGCUGGUGAAUCCUGUCAGGCAGCUGACAGCACCUGAGAUUGCCGCCAGAAGCGAGAGUCUAGAGAGUAGGGAGAUGUUGGAGAUCAUGGCGGGGGUUAUGAACGACAUCAGGACGGAGAGCAUGGAAGAACUGGAAAACUGGAAAGAGCUAAAAGACCAAAUUGACAAGGCGAUUUAUCAUAGUCUGGAAGAUGGAACCCAGCACCUCAGAGUCUCCAUGCGUGUUCAUCGCGAGAGCAAGCUAUAUGCCGGGCGGCCUUGCGUCGAUCUCAACAAGCGGCUUCAGGAAGUGCAAGGUCUUGCGUUGCAAAAAUGGGAGCUACUUGAACGUAUUCUGGGAAAUCAAGUUAAUCAUACUUAA